AUGGGAUCUCAAAGAAAUAAUAUUCAAUACUGGGCAAUAAUAAUACUCUUUGUUGCAAUUAUUUUUGUCUCAUUUUCAAACAAAACUUUGGCAGCGAGGCCAUUAGAUCAAGAAGCUGAUCAAUGGUUAGCGAAAAAUCUUAUAUUUCAAUCUCUUCCAAGGGGUCCAGCAGUACCAGCUGAGGGAGGUCCAUGCUCACAACAUCGUCCUGGCAGAGGGUGCAUAGGUGAAAUCAGUGGCAACGGUGAUGGGAGAUCCCGAAUUCAGAUUCUAGCAAUUUCUGCAAAUAUCAAUGAAUAG